GUCUGAUCUAGGUGGGAGCCAGCUUCUAAGGUAACUGGACAUCCAGCAGAUUACUCCACAGCUUUGCUCCCAGCCUGUCCACCUCACCCUCGGUCAACUUCCCCUGAGCCUGCUGCUGUCUCCUGAGCCCACUGUGAGAUCCAGAUAGAUACCCACUGAGGAGGAAGCAGGAUGGAGACACGGGAUCAGGCGUUGCUUUCUUACUCUCUUGGAAGUUUAGGAUAUUUCACAGUUCUGAAUGUUAGCCACUGAAAAUGCCAGUAGAAGAUGAAGCCUCUGAAGAUGACACGGAUUCACUUUCCUCAAACAGUCCAAGAACCUUUAUUUUCCAAUAAGAGAAUAUAACAAUUUCUGUACACUAUGGAAGAGUUUGACUUGGUGAAAACCUUACACAAAACUUCAUCUUCUGUAGAAUCUGAUAAAAAUUCUCUUCAUUCUCUUGGACUGAACUUAAAUACUGAAAGAAGUAGUCCCCACCUUAGUACAAAUGGGGUAUCCUCUUUCUCAGGGAAGACCAGACCAUCUGUAAUUCAAGGUACAGUUGAAGUCCUAACUUCUUUAAUGCAAGAGCUACAAAACAGUGGAAAGACUGAUUCGGAACUUUGGAAAAACUGUGAGACCAGGUGGUUACAGCUAUUCAAUUUGGUGGAAAAACAAUGCCAAGAACAGAUAGUUGCCCAGCAGGAGCAGUUCCACAACCAAAUUCAACAUAUACAGGAGGAGAUAAAAAAUUUAGUCAAAUUACAGACUAGUAGUGCUUCCUUGGCUUCCUGUGAAGGAGAUUCUUCAAACAAACAAGUAUCUUCAGAAAGUCAAAUGGGUUUUUUUUCUGAAAGCAGUGAGAGAAAUGAAUCUGUUAUCCAUUAUCCUGAAUCCACAGAACCUGAAAUACAGCAAGAAAUGUCCACGUCACAACCAGACUGCAAUGUGGAUAGUUGCUCAGUAAGCAGUGGAUAUGGCACCUUUUGUAUCUCAGAAUUAAAUCCGUACAAAUCUAAAGACCCUAAGGAGUUCAUGGAGCACGUAGAUGUUCCCAAAGGACAGUAUAUAGCACCUGCAGUGCUGGUCGAGUCACUUGUAGAUGGUGUGAAAAAUGAGGAUUUUUAUAUACGGACUCCUGAAGAGUGUCAUGUGUCUUUAAAGGAAGAUGUAUCCAUUUCUCCUGGUGAAUUUGAACAUAAUUUUCUUGGUGAAAAGGUUUCUGAAGUAUACAGUGGGAAAACAAAUAGUAAUGCUAUAACAUCAUGGGCACAAAAACUGAAGCAGAACCAACCAAAGAGAGCACAUGUAGAAGAUGGAGGUUCAAGAUCUAAACAAGGAAAUGAACAAAGCAAGAAGACACCAAUUGAGAAAUCUGAUUUUGCUGCUGCUACACAUCCUUGUGCUUUUUACCUCAGUAAACCAGAUGAAACUCCAAAUGCUUGGAUGUCUGAUUCAGGAACAGGAUUGACUUACUGGAAACUAGAGGAAAAGGAUAUGCACCACUCUUUGCCUGAAACUUUAGAGAAGACAUUCAUAUCAUUGUCUUUCACAGAUGUGUCACCAAACCAGUCUAAUACUAGUAAUGAGAUGAAGCUACCGUCACUGAAGGAUAUUUAUUAUAAAAAACAAAGGGAAAACAAGCAGUUACCUGAGAGGAAUCUCACUUCUGCUUCCAACCCAAAUCAUCCACCAGAGGUCCUGACUCUAGAUCCUACGUUACACAUGAAGCCAAAGCAGCAGAUUUCAGGGAUUCAACCUCACGGCCUUCCUAAUGCCCUUGAUGACAGAAUAUCCUUUUCCCCGGACUCUGUUCUAGAGCCUAGUAUGUCUAGUCCCUCUGACAUAGACUCAUUUUCACAAGCAAGUAAUGUCACUUCUCAGUUACCUGGAUUUCCAAAAUAUCCCUCACACACAAAAGCUUCUCCGGUGGACUCUUGGAAGAAUCAGACAUUCCAAAACGAAAGUAGGACCAGUUCCACGUUUCCGUCGGUAUAUACCAUUACUAGUAAUGAUAUCUCGGUCAACACUGUAGAUGAAGAAAACACUGUCAUGGUCGCUUCGGCCUCAGUCAGUCAGUCCCAGCUUCCAGGUACAGCCAACAGUGUCCCAGAAUGCAUUUCAUUGACUUCCUUGGAAGAUCCUGUGAUAUUGUCUAAGAUUAGGCAGAACCUGAAGGAAAAGCAUGCUCGACACAUAGCAGAUCUUCGAGCUUAUUAUGAAUCAGAAAUAAAUAGUUUGAAACAGAAGCUGGAAGCAAAAGAAAUCUCUGGAGUUGAAGAUUGGAAGAUAACCAAUCAAAUUCUUGUAGACAGAUGUGGCCAAUUAGAUAGUGCUUUGCAUGAAGCUACUAGUCGCGUGAGAACACUUGAAAAUAAGAAUAACUUACUGGAAAUUGAAGUGAAUGAUUUGAGAGAACGCUUCAGUGCAGCCAGCAGUGCUUCCAAAAUUUUGCAGGAACGAAUUGAAGAAAUGAGAACAAGCAGUAAAGAAAAAGACAAUACCAUCAUUCGACUAAAAUCUAGACUGCAAGAUUUAGAAGAAGCAUUUGAGAAUGCUUACAAACUGUCGGAUGAUAAAGAAGCUCAACUAAAGCAAGAGAACAAAAUGUUUCAAGAUCUUUUAGGAGAGUAUGAGUCCCUUGGAAAAGAACACAGGAGAGUAAAGGAUGCAUUAAAUACAACUGAGAACAAAUUGCUUGAUGCAUAUACUCAGAUUUCUGAUUUGAAAAGAAUGAUUUCAAAACUUGAAGCUCAGGUCAAGCAAGUAGAACAUGAAAAUAUGUUAAGCCUUCGUCAUAAUUCUAGAAUUCACGUGAGACCCUCGCGUGCCAACACACUAGCAACUUCAGACGUCAGCAGGCGGAAAUGGCUGAUUCCAGGUGCAGAGUACUCCAUCUUUACUGGCCAGCCUCUGGACACCCAGGACAGUAAUGUGGACAACCAGCUGGAGGAAACCUGUAGCCCUGGGCACCUUUCACCUCUGGAAAAGGAUUCUUCACCUGGAAGUUCAUCAACAAGCUUGUUGAUAAAAAAGCAAAGAGAGACUUCAGACACGCCGAUCAUGAGAGCUUUAAAAGAACUUGAUGAGGGAAAAAUACUUAAAAAUUGGGGGACACAGACAGAGAAAGAGGACACCUCAAAUAUAAAUCCUCAACAAACUGAAACUUCAGUUAAUUCAAGUCGUUCUCCAGAGAAGUGUGCCCAACAGAGACAAAAGAGACUUAAUUCGGCCUCACAGAGAUCAUCAUCUUUACCACCUUCAAAUCGUAAAUCAAGUACUCCAACAAAAAGAGAGAUUAUGCUAACACCAGUGACUGUGGCUUAUAGUCCAAAGCGAUCCCCUAAAGAAAACUUGUCCCCAGGAUUUAGUCAUCUGCUUAGCAAAAAUGAGAGCAGUCCAAUUCGAUUUGAUAUACUUUUGGAUGAUUUAGAUACUGUUCCUGUGUCUACAUUACAACGUACCAAUCCAAGAAAGCAACUCCAGUUUCUUCCUCUAGAUGACUCGGAAGAAAAAAUGUAUUCUGAGAAAGCCACCGAUAACCAUGUUAAUCAUAGCUCUUGCCCUGAACCAGUGCCAAAUGGAGUGAAGAAAGUAUCUGUGAGAACAGCCUGGGAGAAGAAUAAAUCAGUUAGCUAUGAACAGUGUAAGCCGGUUUCAGUCACUCCACAGGGGAAUGAUUUUGAAUAUACAGCAAAAAUUCGGACCCUAGCUGAAACAGAACGAUUUUUUGAUGAACUUACAAAAGAAAAGGACCAGAUUGAGGCAGCACUAAGCAGGAUGCCUUCUCCUGGAGGACGAAUCACUUUACAGACAAGAUUAAAUCAGGAAGCCUUGGAAGAUCGUUUGGAAAGGAUUAAUCGAGAACUGGGUUCAGUUCGCAUGACGCUAAAGAAAUUCCAUGUUUUGCGCACCUCUGCAAAUCUUUGAGAUUUGUAGCCAUUAAAUUUUGAGACAUUUUUGUUUGCACUAAUGUAUAAUUAUGCAGUCAGAAAAGGCAAACUAUUUUGUACUGUUUAUAAGCCUUCAAACAGUAGUUUUACAAUCAUGCUAUUCUUACACUUGCUAUUUUAUACUUCAAAUGGCCACAUAUUUUCAAGAUAUUUUUGUUAUGCUCAGGAAUCUCUUGUAUAUUUUACUAUUUAAAAAGCAUUAUUUUUAAAUAGUAUAUGUCUCCAAUUUAUAUCAAGAAUAAGGAAAUAUAAACAGGGGAAGCAGCUUGUUUCUAAACAAAUAGUGUUAUCCUUUUACAAUUAACUGCACACCAAUUUUAUAAACUUGUUCUACAUUGUAAAUACAAUUCAUUUUUUAAAAAAUAAAGCUUAAUAGCUUCCAUAA